CUCCCAGUCCCAGUCACCCGAUAAAUACAGAGGUCCCCCACAACCUCCCUAUGGAAGAAUUAAAGUCAGUUGUGGGAAGCUGGUGGGUCGGGUUCAGGUUACCAUGGACUUGAGUGUGUCACAAAAGAGGCCUUCGGUGUUCCAAAAUGGGUGGAUGAAACUUGUUAACGAAACGGAUAAGCCAACCGCUAAGCUUCAUUUAACGGUCAGGGCUGAACCUGAUCCCCGAUUCGUUUUCCAAUUCGGUGGAGAACCAGAAUGUAGCCCUGUCGUGUUUCAAAUUCAAGGUAACGUUAGACAACCCAUGUUCAGUUGCAAGUUUAGCGCCGAUCGUUCAAGAUCUCGAUUGCUUUGUUUACCUGUCAAUUGUGAAACCAGACCCCUUCCUCCAGAUUUUACCAACAAGAAUAGAGGAUGGAUGAGAACAUUAUCAGGAGAGGAAAGGCAAGGAAGGGAGAGGAAGGUAUGGAUGAUAAUGAUAUAUGAUCUAUCUGGCUCUCCUGUUGCAGCUGCCUCAAUGAUCACUCCGUUUGUACCCUCCCCUGGCUCAGACCGUGUUUCCAGAUCAAACCCUGGUGCAUGGCUAAUACUUAGCCCUCACGGCUUCUCUUUCAGCAGCUGGAAACCAUGGGGUCGUUUAGAGGCAUGGCGAGAACGGGGUCCUGUCGAUGGUUUAGGCCACAAGUUUGAGCUUGUCACUGAGAAUGGCCCUAAUAAUGGUUUCCCUAUUGCCGAAGGUACAAUGAGUGUCAAAAAGGGUGGCCAAUUUUGUAUAGAUAGGAGAGUAUCCCGAGAUUCUACAUUGAGUUUGAGGUCACCUGUUAAAGGAUUUGUUAUGGGUUCGACUGUUGAAGGUGAAGGAAAGGUUAGCGAGCCUGUGGUACAAAUUGGGAUGCAGCAUGUGACAUGCAUGGCUGAUGCUGCACUGUUUAUUGCACUUUCAGCUGCCAUUGAUCUUAGCAUGGAUGCUUGCCAACUUUUCUCACGUAAACUCAGGAAGGAACUUUGCCAUGAUGAACAGGAUUCCUCUUCUUUAAACUUAAUUAAAAACCCUAUUUCACUGCAAAUUUCCCUUCCGCUGCCGUGAUAACCACUUAGUUUUAGCUUUUCAUCAGUAAAGCACUGUUGGUUUGAGCAGAGAGCUGGACAACUGCAUCUUUCUUCUCUUUUUUUCCAUCCUUAAUUAUUUAUUUUUUUCCCCCAAAUGUUUUUCAAGUUUUCUUCUGUUUAGGUGUGUGGCUGCUGCUGAUCUGGUUUCUAAGAGUUUUUUAUCAUUUUGAUUCUGCUUUUAGUUUGUGUUUUGUCAAACACAAUAUGCAGGGAACAUUUCUCUUGUUGUUGGAUUAAGACCUUGCAGACUGAAAUAUAUAGAUAAAAAUUCAAUUGUAUCAUUGGUUGUUCAUAGUUUCCUUUUCGUUCUUCAAUUUUUUCAACAGCUUUAUCUUCAUAACUACUAAUAAAAAA